UCGACGUGGGUAGAUGUGUUUAACAAAAGACAAAGCGGAUUCUAUUUUAACUACGUAUAAAAAGUGGUUGUGAUAUUGAACUUAGUGUUUUAAAGGACAUUGUGAUUGUGUUGCCUGUACCACUAUAUCGGAGAUGGUGAUCCUCGGCCGGUCGGAGAUGUCAGAGGGCCAAUCGGAGUGGGACAUCAACGACGCGGUGGUGCCGCGUGUAAGCAGCUUCGACAGCUUCGGCGAGUGGUGCGACGGCCACGUGCGCCGCGUCUACCCGCCCGGCUGUGAAGAAGCGCGUCGGCACGCCUCCGGCUGGGCCAUGCGGAACACCAACAACCACAACGUCCACAUACUCAAGAAAAGCUGCCUUGGCGUGCUCGUGUGCUCUGCCAGAUGUCGACUGCCUGAUGGGUCGAGGGUGCAUCUCAGACCAGCCAUCUGUGAUAAAGCACGGAAGAAACAACAAGGUAAACCGUGUCCAAACCGACUAUGCAACGGCGGUCGUCUUGAGGUCCAGCCGUGCCGCGGCCACUGCGGGUACCCGGUGACGCACUUCUGGCGGCAUACCGAGCACGCGAUAUUCUUCCAAGCGAAGGGCGCGCAUGACCACCCCCGACCCGAAGCCAAAGGCGCGAGCGAGGUCCGGAGGUCCAUCGGCGCGGGGAGACGAGUGCGAGGUCUGGCGCUGCUGCUAGCGCGAGAGGCGGCUAUUGCCGACAAACUGCUCACAGGGAAACAAGAGAAACAGAUGCCACAAAAGAUUGUCACCACUACACAUCUACAGCCGCCGCCGCUAAUACCUGACAACCAAAGAGCUUUAACAUGCGCGUGCGGUCCAUUUGAAUGCACCUGCCGAUGGAGAGCAGAGGUGCCAGUCGAUCCGUACGUCAACAACACAUGGCCUGCGGAGCCCCAGGGCUACGCCACUUACCCCGCGCCCGCACCCCCUGCGCCUACGCUUCAGCAACAGAAUUACGACACUUCCCUGCCCGCCGACGAUAUAUUCCACCCGGAGGAAAUCUUCCAACUAGACCAACCUAUAAGGCUAGACUUUCCUAUGGAAGAAACUACACUAGAAUCACCUCCCACCUUCGCGGAUCUUAACAACGACAACUCUAGACCGGAAGACGCGUACUGGUUGGACUGGCAGAGAGCAGCGGGUGGUUCGGAGUCGAGUGAGACGCCCUCGCCGGAACUUUUCGGCAACAGCUACCAGCAUCCCGAGGCGUACUGUGAACAACAAUCGUACCCACACCAAAUGUACUACCCAGAAGAGGCGCAGUACUAUCCUACUGAAAGCUGCCGGGAGUCCCCCGUCAUGGAUAUGCAGGAGCAGCGCUUCUAUAGAUACGGUCAGGACUGCGCUCAGAACAACAUGGAGAUGCAGGCCUGGCAGUACUCAGACUGUGCCUUCGCGUCACACUUCGAUGUCCAACACACGCAAGGAGUUAACAAUUUUGGUGGUCUAUUAUAAUGUUAGUAAUAAUAGACUAAAGCGCGUGGUGCAACGUGAUAGAAGUCCUAAGGUCUG